AUGAACUGUUGUCCUAUAAUGAUAGCUGAAAAAAUGGUUAGGAGAAAUAUAUCUUCAGUUCCAAAAGCGGUCCUGAAACCAGAUCAACAUGUAAUAGAAAACAUUAACAAAAAUAUAUUUACAAUAAGAAAUCAUCCAGGAAGUAUGAAGCCUAGAAGUGUCCUUAUUCCUGAGCCAUUUAUAAAAGCUGUUGUCAAUGCUACAGCAGAUUACCCAGUAAAAGCAUUACUUGAAACUAGUGAAAAGUUGAAUAGACAUCUCAAAGGUAGAGUUCCCCCUAUGGAAAAGGAAGAAUUGAAAGAAACUGUGGAAAAAGUACAACAAAAAGUGCUAUCACGUUAUGCUAAUGUCACUAUCAAUAAUGACCAGGAUGAAUCUAGGUUUAGACAAAUGAUUCAUAACAAAACACAGAAUAUUUUAAGGGAGAAGGUGUACAAUUGGAGACCUAUAAAAUUUGAUGUAUAUAAUUCACUUGUCUAUCUGCUGGGCAGAUCAGCACCUGAAUAUGCUGUUUUAGCAAAAAUAUUUGGUGAAAUAAAAUCCAGAGACAUUGACUUCAUACCAAGAAGUCUUUUUGAUUUUGGAUCAGGUGUUGGAACUGCAACAUGGGCUGCACACAGAUAUUGGAAGCAAAAUAUUUAUGAAUACUUCAAUGUUGAUAUUUCUAGGGAUAUAAAUGAUUUAGCACAGACACUCUUGCAGGGUGGCACACCAAAAGGCAAUAAGCCCAAAGGGGUGUUCUACAGACAAUUUUUGCCAGCUACUAAAGUAACUUAUGAUAUAGUAAUUAGUGCUUACUCUAUGAUGGAGUUACCAUCUCUUCAAGCUAGGUUAGAAACAGUAGUGAAUUUGUGGAACAAAACUGGAAAAUAUCUGGUAAUAGUUGAACAGGGAACAAAUGCAGGUUUCAAAAUUGUCAAUGAAAUCAGAGAUUUCAUACUGCAAGUAAAACAUGAACAAAACCUAGGAACAGUGUUCAGUCCUUGUCCACAUGAUGAUACCUGCCCACGAUUUCUUCUAGAUGAUGGCACUCCAUGUAAUUUUGAAGUCACAUAUUUUACAUUGCCUCUUGGAGGUUCUUCAGUUGCUAAGAAAGAGUUAUAUUCCUAUGUUAUACUCAAAAAAGGGAAAAGUAAUAAUACAAACCCUGAUCAAAAGUGGCCAAGGAUUAUAAGACCAACACUUGUGAGACAUAAACACUGUGUUUGUAGGAUGUGUACUGCAAAUGGAAAAUUAGAAGAGGUGAUAUUCACUGCUUCAAAGCAUGGAAAAGCAAUGUAUCAGUGUGCCAGGUCAUCCAAAUGUGGUGAUUUGAUUCCAGCAACUAUAGAGGAAAGUAAAAGUCAAAAUGUUCAAUCUGAUGAAAAUGGACAAAUAUUGGAUGAUAAAUGA